AUGAUUCCAACCCAAAAAACCACAGACCCUCAACCAGGACAUCAGGACAUCCCUAUAUGGAGUUGCACAGCCAGCUGGCGACAUAGCAUAGCCAGCCACAAACUCAUCUACCUAGUGGCCAAGUUCUCGGAGGUGGUGGAGGCGGAGGAGGUGGCAAGCGGGCGGUAUGUGGAAUCGGAACGGGUGGCGGCCGUGGUGGUAACUUGCAAGGCAUCCGUCCUGCCAAAGGUGGUGGUGGAGGAGGUGGGCAUCUCAUUAUUCUUCUCAGUGUUGCCCUCUUUGGUGGAGGAGGAGGAGGAGUCGCAGCUGCAUGAGGAUAGCGAGGGGCCGAAUCCAGAGGAGCUCCUUGCUGAUGCUCAAAGGCGCGGUGCCUUUGGAGUUCUUUUGGUCCGUGUGCUAGCGGCUCACAACUUGAUCAAUGCAGAUUGGUGGAGCCUCUCUGAUCCCUACACCAAGGUGACAGUGGAUGGAGACACUAGAGUCACUGCUGUGGUGGACGACUGCUUGGAUCCACGUUGGGACGAGGAGCUUUGGAGCUUCGACGUAGCAGCAGAGUCCAGCCUGGUGCGCUUAGAAGUCUGGGACAAGGAUGCGAUGCAGGACGACCCCCUGGGCCAUGUGGCCAUCCCAGUGGCAAUGGCACCCGGCGAGGAGCUGAAGCGCUUGCGCUUCGCGCUGGACCGGGUGGCGCAUGGCGAACUGGAAGUCGAGAUGAGAUUUCUGAGGGUGGAGACAGAUGAUUCAGCUGACUCUCUUCUUCAGUCGGGCGGUGCUAGCCGCAAGCUGCCAUCACCGAAAGCAGCGAAAGGGGCAUAG